UAGCCAGCUAGCCAGGCCAGACACAAACGGAUAGCCAGCUAGCCAGGCCAGACACCACACCUCCCUCCUCCUCCCUCUUCCCACGACGUAUGCCUCUUUCGUCGUCCCUCGUAGGGAACCCGGCCCACGGUCGCGUACCCCCCCUUGUCUGUGGAAUCUUGGCUCCAUCAAAUAAAGUCCCCAAUUAAAUAAAACCGCUCCGCAGACCACAAUGUUACAACCUUCCCUAUAUACCGCUGCGUCUCCUCCCGUCAAGGAUGAACCGAAGCUGGAGAGAGAGCCAGAAAAGGCCUUGGAGUCGGAGCAGCAGCAGCAGCAGCAGCUGACGCAGAGAAGGCUUUCCCCGCCACAGCAUCAAGUACUACAAGGUACACCGGAUGCGCAAAGACACGAGCUGAAGCAAGAAGAGCUGGAUCAAGCCGCGCUGCUGCAUCACUGCCAAGCUCACGCAUCGUUGGUUGGCAGACCUACACCAGCCGUCUCCGCCGCGGACACUGGCAGUAGCCGAGUCUCGUCGCCUGCAGAAGACCGCAAAGACUUGAAAGGUGCAGUGUCAACCGUGUCAGUGGUCUCGACCACCUCUACUUAUCCCUCGGGUGUAUCUGCCGCUGCAGACCACUCCAAUAUUCCUGAACGCAAAGCAGACUGCCGUGUGUCGCCACAUUCCGAGUCACAAGCUGCUUCAGCUGGGGAAGAACAGGCUGGGAUCGUCAAGGUUGAACCCAUCCGCCGCAGCAGUACGGCAUCCAACCCACCCAUCUCGCUCACCAACAGGACCGCAGGCGUCGCGUCCUCAGUCUCGCCGGAACCAAUGUCGAACGGACCUCCUCCGCCGGUUGGCCACCCCCGCCAGCAUGUCAGCUACCCCGAGCAGCACCAACCAACCUACUCGCAAGCUCCCAUGCCCUCGGGCCCCUAUGGUUACUCACCUAUAACGACUCAACCCCCGAUGGACCCUUAUCGAGCCGGACAACAACCGUUGCCUCCGAAUCACGCAAUGGCGUUGCCGAGCAUGAGGAGCCUCGCACCUUUGCAACACCAGCAGCAGCAACAACAACAACACCAUCAACAUCCACAACACGCCAUGUCAAUGACCCAUGCUCCGAUCCCUACGGCAUAUUAUGCGCAGCAUAUGAUGAACCCGUAUGGCAUGGGGCCGGAUCUGCGCUUUGCUUUGCCCUUGACAGAUCCGCGGAUACAAAUGAGCGGGGGUCGUAACAAAAAGGAGAUUAAGAGGCGAACAAAAACAGGCUGCUUGACCUGUAGGAAACGCAGAAUAAAGUGCGACGAGACGCAUCCGACCUGCAACAACUGUAAAAAAUCCAAGCGGGAAUGUGCCGGGUACGACCCGCUAUUUACCAACGUGACAACCCCGCCAGGGCCGUCAACCAUCCAACCAGCAUCCCUUCCUCCGCAAGCCACAACAGGUACAGGCCCUGUUCCGGGUUCAGCUCCAGGCUCGAUCACUGGCACAGCUCCUUCUACCGGCUCCCCCAGCUUGAGCCCUUAUAGCAACCAUCUGCCCGCGCCCGUGGUGCCCAGUAACUACGCGCCCGCACCGACGCCGCCACAAGGUCACCACUACGACCCCAACCCCUCGUCGGCCUCUUCCGCCUCGGCCCCUGUUGCAUUGUCGUCCUCGAAUAGCAUUGAUUACUCGGGCGGCAUUGACCCCGCUCUCGACACAGGUACGGCAUCUUCGGCCAUCCAUCAUCACCAGCACCACCAGCACCACCACCAGCACAGCCACAACAACCACCAUCAUCAACACAGCAGCAACACAAACCCAAACAAUAUGAGCCACCCUGGACACUACAGAGCCGGCAGCCCUGCGUUUUACAACUCGUGUCCGCCUCUUCGCUUGCCCUAAUUUGCAGUUGUUGUCUCUGUUGCCGCGUUGUUUCGUUUUGUUGUUUGCUGCUGCUGCUGCUGCUGCUCGCAUUUCUACUGCUCUUACUGCCGUCAUUCUUUUUCCCCGUUACCUGCGUCAUGUCGGAAGCCGAACCCGAGGGGGCAGCAUUGACUCACACUAGUACCCAGGCAAAGGUUAUGAAGGUCGAUGAGCUCUGCGCCCUUGCAGGGCCCCCGCCGCCACCUCCUCAGAAUCCGGCAGGAAGAGAAACUCUUGACGAGAUUCUCAAGAUCUACUACGAGAUUUACGUGCCUGGCCUUGCGUCUUUUUUCGAGACGCACUGGUACAACUUCAAGCCGGAGGGUACGAACCCAAGUACCAUCCUGACAAAGAACUCAAAUGCGGUAAACCUUCUUGCAAGCUUCCUGGAUGCUCUUAACCAGACCAAGAAGAACACGGAUGCGACACAGGUGGCUGCAGCAGGCGCCAUAGAGACCCGCGUGGUUUGGGGGCUCGCCACUCUCGCAUAUACCAUACCUGCGGCAACUAAUCCCGCGGGCGAUGAUCCUCUCCCUCAGGACAACGGCGCUGAGGUGCGCAACCGGCUGCACGUGUUUGAGACGCUUCUUUCUGGCACCUACCUCAACAUCAACCCUUGCGUUCCACCGCCGCGCAAGGGCGACCCUCACAGGAUCAGGGAGUUUGAAUUUUGGUAUUAUCUGGCCGAGUCCCUGCGGGUCGGUGAGGCACCCAGCGUAGUGCAACAGCGCGACGCCGCCAUAUCGCGCAUCCGGAACCUGUUGGACGGCCGCGAGAAUCGGGACGUGUGCUAUUCUAUACGUGUCCUCCGUGAGUUGGCGCCCAAGUUUCCCCCUGGGUUCGAGAGCUCGCUGCCGCAGCAUCUCGACGAGGGUGACCAGCGUAACAGGCUCGCUGUGGCGGCGCAGUUCAUCAAAGAUGAAGCGCGGACCUCGGGAGGUACCACAAACGUUGUCAGGCGGCUCGCGGAGCUGGCCAUAAAGGCGUUUAUCGCUCCUGGGGUUAACAUUGUCCGCAGGCCAUCGUGAACUGGGGUCAUUCCGGACAGAAGAGAGAGAAAGAAAAGAAGAAAAAAUCAAUCUUAUUAUUACUUGCACACCGUUUCUCCUCAUCAACAAACCGGCCAACAUCAUCAUAAUCCAUCACCUUCGGCAUCAUGAUUACAUUUGCAUCAUCCUUAAAGCAUCUGCCUGAAUCACACUUAGUUCAUUAAUCGCAUCCUACCCUCCCAAUCAACGCUUUAUGACCUUUUGUUUUUCAUUCAAAUUGGCUUUGCAUCUUUUUGCAAUAUGCUAUAUACCUAUUUGUUUAUAUACCAAUGUAUAAAAAGUUUCUUAUAUUCUCAUUACAUUUUGUUUGGUCUAUUUUUUUUCCUUUUCUUUUUUUCUCUUCUCUUUAAAUAUUCAUACCAAAAAUAGCUGGGCUUCGGCGAAUGCUAAGAGGGGUGCGCGUAUGGCGCUGUAAGAUAUGUGCUGGAGCAAGAAAAGAAAUCAAUAAUUCUGCCAUCAUAACUGCUCCGCACCUCUUUUCCAAACAAAUAUUUCUGGCAAGACUGCUCAUGGACACAUACUCGUGAGACAAAAUCUUCGUCAAUCAUCAACACCCACUAGUUGGGCUCAUUCCAGCAACUACUAAAGGAACAUCUGGAAUCCUAGUACUAGAUAGUCUAGGUGCGUGUGUACUCUUGGCCCCUAUCUAAUGUCAAGAAUGUUAGUCUCUGACGGAGACAUGUCUUGUAAGGUUUUGCCUAGACCAAGACGACGUGUUGUGCAGCUGCUUUUCUCUGCACAGCCCGGUAACUUGCAUGUUUCGGCAACGAGCAAAAGCUUCAAGACUCCAAGGAGGGCAAGAUCGAGGCACAUCGCUUUACCGAUGCUUCCAGUCGCAGAGUUAGACCUUCUUGGCACUGCCUGGCUUGAACUAACUGACUUUAUACAUCUUCC